AAGGCCGUUGAUCCACUUCCAGGUUAGAAGAACCUUGACAGGGAAACAGGAAAUUCUACCUUCAUUUCUACUCGUUUGUUUUUGUUUUGAUUUUUUGUCAGUAACUAACUUUACGGCUGCAGAAGCAUCAGUGGUUAUUUUUAUGUGGUUUAUUUUAUUUUUCAUUCUAAACUACGAAAUCAUUGUCUUUUGGGUCUCUUGUAAUUUUAUGUGCAGUAAUUACGUUUAAGCCAUCAAGUGGGGGCUGAUGUACAAUAAUUUUCUCCAUAUUGACUGAUUCCAAAGCAUCAAAGCAUGCCUUCAAGAAAUCAUCUUGACAAAAUUGGAAGGAACAAGAAAAAGAAAUGGACAGAGGAAGCCAUGGAGCAUGCACUAAUCGAGGUCAAGUCAGGGAGGUCCACUGUGAGAAAGGCAGCCAAGGAGUUUGGAGUCCCCAAAUCCUCACUAGGGGACCGGGUCAGCGGACGGGUGACACCAGGGAGUCGUAGUGGGCCUGCUCAGCUUAUAACAUCUUCUGACGAGGAACUGUUGGUGGAGUUCUCCUUAUACAUGUCCAAGCACGGAUUCCCGCUCACUAAGCAGCAGCUGGUAUCAUUUGCGUCUUCCAUUUACAAGCGUCAACACAGACGGGUGGCCUUUUCGAAAUUGGGUCAAACCUGGUGGCUCAACUUUAGGAGGCGUCAAGAAAAGAAUAUUACGAUUCAGCCAGCAGACAGUAUUAUCCGUGGUCGGAUGGUUCAUGUGAGGAAGGAAACAUUGGAUCAUUUUUUUCACCUCCUGAGCUCUGUGGUGGAAGCUCGCACGCUUGGGGACAAGCCUCACCGCGUCUGGAAUUGCAACGAGAUGGGUUUUCAGCUGGCUCGGAAGAAGGCGGUUCUCUCCAAAGCUGCCAGUUUAGAUUCCAAGUCAACACCGGGCUCCAAGGACUACAUCUCAGUCCUGGCUUGCUUCAACGCAGCAGGGAAGGAUAUCCCUCCAUUUAUCGUCUACUCCAAAUCCUACCCAGGAGGCGUGUGUUACAAGACGCAAGGACCGUCAGAUGCCCUCUACGGGUGGUCGGAUUCGGGAUGUGUCACUUCGGAACUUUUCAAGAAGUGGUUCCUCAGACAUUUCUUGCCGUAUGCUCCUAAAGAGCGGCCUCUGCUGAUCAUUUUCGACGGCCACAAGUCACCCGUGAACCUGGAAGUGGUGGAGGCUGCCCGUAAGGAAGGCGUCGUCCUUGUGUGCCUGCCACCUCAUUGCUCUCACAUCCUGCAGCCGCUCGACGCGGGCCUAUUUCCGCUUGUCAAGCGGCGGUUCGCCGCGCUCUUGGAUCAGAUGCACCCCACGAAUGCGACUCUCUUUACAGUCAGCAAGAAAGACUUCUCGGGCGUGUUCAAAGAGGCAUAUCAGGUGGCUAAAGAGGAUGAGGGUAUCAGGAUAGUUCAGGAAAGUUUUAGGAAGUGCGGCAUAUAUCCCGUGAGCCACUUUCAAUGUAAUGGUGACCUUUUGAUGAUAUCAUCGCACAACGUGGACCCUGAAGCAUCAGGAGAGCAUGUUGGAGGUCUUGCUGCGCCUGGACGUUGAUCUAUUAUUUACAAAUAUAAAUGAACACCUGAUUAGAAGUGCAAUGAUUAAUCAACAAACAAUUAUUAUUUUCGAUUCAAUUGUUUUUUUGUUUUUUUUGCUUAGUUGUCCAAAUCCAUGGAAUUUCAGUAAAGUAAAUUGUAGUUCUCCAUGAAAGGAGACUGAUUUCCUUUGUGUUUAAUCAAAUUUGCUUUUAAUUUGAAAAUCUGUCAAUAAUAUUUAAGCAUUUUUCUGACAUGUCACAGACCAAACCAGUGGCCAAAUCAUCAUUAAUUUAUCUUUUGUACAUUUUCUCACUGUCCAUUUGAAACACAUAAUUCGACAAAUCAAUCAAUUAUUAAAAUAAUUGUUUGUUGCAGCUCUGUACUGGAUGAUUAUCAGAAAAUGGAAUCUGCUAUUUGCACUGAUGACAUGCAUGUUCCAGAAUGUAAUUUAUGUAUUUACUGACAUGGGAGAAUUUGCUGACAAUGCUAUGUUAGCAUUUGUUAAAAAAAAAAAAAAAAAAAGUUUUUUACUGAUCUCUCAAUAGAUCUUGAACUUCCUCAAUUAUUUGAAUGCAUUUCCACACUGACAAAAUAAAAAUGGAUUAAAUUA